UGGCAUGUUCUAGAGCUGUCCUGUUUUUAUUAACUGUCGCUCAGCUGAUCGUGACGCACCGUUUUCACAGUAGACGGCAGAAGGACAUACAGAUAUAGAAGUUGUGUCUCAAUUACACGCUGAAGUAAUGAAGCACGGUGUGCCAGCGGUAAGCGGGGGAAUCUAACGGAAUUCCUUACCCACGCUUAUGUUGAAAGAGCGUCAGUUCCUGUAACCCGCGUCUUGGGACGGACUGUGUCGUUCCAGUGGCUUCACCUUGCCUUGUUUACAGAGGCACGGCUCCUCCUGGGUGGAUAAACUUCUAAAGAAAUUAACAGGUGCACUGAGCUAAAGGGCGCAAUGGUGGAUUAUUAUGAUGUUCUGGGAGUGUCACGAAAUGCUUCUCCGGACGACAUCAAGAAAGCUUACAGGAAACUGGCUCUACGGUGGCACCCUGACAAGAACCCAGACAACAAGGAGGAGGCGGAGAGAAAAUUCAAGGAGAUAGCAGAGGCCUAUGAAGUUCUUUCAGACAAAAGCAAACGGGAAGCUUAUGACAGAUACGGUAGAUCCGACAUGCCAAGUUCGGGCUCUGGUAGCUCUUCAUUUCCUGAUGACUUCCCAGGAUUCACCUUCACAUUCCGCAGCCCAGAUGAGGUUUUUCGAGAGUUCUUUGGAGGGCAGGACCCAUUCGCUGACUUUUUUGAUGAUUUCCCAUUUGGUGGGAUGCAUAGUGGGUUUCACAGCUCCUCCAGGCUUGGGCCCAGUCGCUUCUUCUCAUUUCCCUCAGCAAACGUUGACUUCACCUCCUUCUCUUCUUCAAUGGGAGGGAUGGGCAGCAUGGGAGGGGCAAACUUCAAGUCUGUUUCUACUUCUACCCGCAUUGUCAAUGGAAAACGUAUCACCACAAAAAAGGUCAGAGAAAAUGGACAGGAGAGAACUGAGGUUGAGGAGGACGGGGUUUUGACAUCCAUCCUCAUUAAUGGUGUGGAGGAUGAGAUGGCUUUAGCUUUAGAACUGAGUCGUAGAGAGCAGUUGGGUCAGCCUUCCAGACGGCCCCAACAGCCACUGCUCCGCCCCUCCACCAACAGCUCUCCAAACCCUGCCCUGCGCUCCUUCAGUGCUGCCCCUUUCUAUAACUGUCCCGAUGCCAGCCAAGAUGAGGAUGACGAAGACCUGCAGAUGGCGCUGGCCUACAGCUUGUCGGAGAUGGAGGCCCAGCAGCGGGCAGAGGACAUGAUCACAGGUGCUGGGGGAGGGAGGGUGAAGCAACCAGGGGGUGGUGGUGGCGGUGAAUGUGGGAAUGGGAGUGGUGCCGCUAAGAAAACCAAAUCUGAGAGGGCUGGGACAGAUGAUUCAGCACCCAGUUCCCUCUCUUCUCCAGAGGAUAGUGUAGCAGAAAAGUGGCUGGAUAGGUGUUCCGAACAUUUGCAUCCAGAGGGUGUUGUUGUAAAGGAGAAUGAAAAAACAGUGGCCAAUGGGACUAAUAUGAUAAAAAAGAGGAGGAAUUGUCAGUGUGUGGUCUGUUAGUAAGAGUGUGUAGAAUAAUCCUGCUUGUUGAACAUGUGUUACGUUAGCAGUGUGUUGGCCCUAUGUUUAUUUGAUGUGUUUUUGAUCCUUCAUGAAGUGUUGGACUGUGCCUUGACUUAUAGCUCUCUGUUUCUUGUGGCAGGGCUUAUGGCAUUGCACAAGGAUGACUGUGCUGAUUUUGUAUAUUUUUGCCUUAUGGUAUAAAUAACAGGUGCCAAAAUGUGUUUAUUCACCACAAAGAAAGCUAGAGGUUACACAUUUAAAAUUGAAAAAUUAAAGGUGCUGUAAGCACCAGUGUUUUUGGAACCAUGCAUAAAAUGUCCCUAGUACCUGACAUUGCUCUGAAAUUGGUAUCCUAAGAAAACACAUCUCUGUGACAGCCCUUAUCUCAGUCAAAUCAGCUAAAAAGCAAUAUUAGCUAUAUUAAUAUUAGCAAAUUCGAAAACGCUCUCUGCCUUUUAAUUGUUUUUCUCACUCAGGAUUUGCUAACAUCAGGUUGGUUUACAUGUUUUUGAAGAGAAGAUGUGUUCAGGUGCACUCUACCCCCCUCAUUUUAAAGGUUUUAAUGCUAAAGAAAUGUAUAGUAAUUUUGAAACAUGUUUAAAUCAUUUGCACUCACAUGAGAUGAAGACUUCAGUCAUAUCAGUAAUCUUAUAAAAGCUGUUUUAUUUUACAUGGAGAGGGUCCCCUCAUGGGGAUGUUGGGAUCACAUGACCAGAUGAAUACUACUCGCUUAAUCUCAGUUACAGCCCUGUUAUUGGACACUUUGGAUUAAAUUAAUGGACCCUUUCACAUAUCCAGGUUUGGAAUGCGGAAGUUAAUGAUUGCAGGGUAAACGUGUAUAGCGGUAAAUGGGAGACCACAGCAAAUAUAAUUUUUGCUUACCUGUUUGCUCCAAUAGCAAUAGAAAAAAUCCACUGUUACGUUUCACAGCUGUCCAAAAGAAGAAAACAAAAUGUGAUUUUUUUUUUUUUUGGUGGAUACAGCAGUCAGAAGAGAGAAAGAGGCCACAUUUUCUGUCACUCCCUCAGCAGCUGUAUUAGAAACCUCAUCGCAGCUGUGGUAACUCGUUUUUUUUUUUUUUACUUUUUAAAGUUUUUAAAAAUUCCAGGGUUAUAUAAUACAAAGUAUAAUGUUAUAAAUGUACACUUAAUAUAAAAAAAUGUUUGCAAGAUUUCCACUGCUAAAUAAGGUGUGUUGGAUUUACUUACAAUAUAUAUGUAGCAUUUUGAAGUUAGCAAAAUGGUUGAAGUUAGCAAAACAGCUAAUAGCGUUUACAGCGCCUUUAAAUCGUAUUAAAUAUGACAUUUUGGCUGCCAAACGAAGAUACGGUAAAUGCUCUUCCCUUAAAUUCUCAUUUAAAUAAAAUUGCAGCUGAGCAAGUUAGUGUUUCAAUUUAUGCUUAGCUGCCUAGUUGGCAUCUCAUUUCCAAAUACCUUACAAUUAAUUGUUUCAACAGAACAAGUUUUCAAGUGCAUCAAUGUUUUUAAAAGGAUUUGCAGUUAUCUUUGACCGCACCUGGUAAUUUUGAUGCUAGCUGCAGAUACAUCCAUACACAAAUGAUUAUUGUAAUGGUUUCUUCUAGAACAGAGGUUGUCUGAUUCUUUGUAGUGACUAAUCCUCUCCAUUAAUCCGGAUUUAUUUGAAAACGGCAUUUUCGUUCUCGAAACGCUCUCCGUCCACACUGCCAUUUUCAAACGUUUUCCAAAUGUCUCUCAUCCACACUGAAAUGUAUGAAAACUUUUAAAUCCCCUUACUGCACAUGCGAAAAAUCGCCGUUCCAUGUUCGGUCUGAAAUGCAAUUGUUCUCGUGCUCCAUCUGGACAGCAAUUUCGAGUAAACUUCCCGCCUUCUUUAAAGGAAUGCAAUGUGAAGGUUGUACAAAGUAACAUUAAUCUUUAACAAUGCUAUCAAAGUGAAUGACAGGCACAACAAUGCCGCUACAACAUGGGCCGCCAUCUUGAUUGUUGCGGUUGAAUGGAUCACAUGACUGCUUCACGACAACAAUUUUGUCAUCGGUUUCAGAUAUUUUCAUUUCCCGGUCACACUACAACGCGAAGGUGGCAUUUUCAAAUUUAUCCACUUGGGCCAAAAAUUGCUGUCUCAGUGUGGACAGAAGGCCAAAACAUAGAGAAAAAGAUGCUUUUUUAAGUGAAAAUGUAUUAGUAUGGAUGAGGCCUAAGUGUCUGGAUACUUUCUGUUUCUUUACUGCAUUUCUCAUUCCUUCAUUCCUGUUGAACGUGAUAGAUGUACAGUAUUUUUUGAGAUGUUAUAAACUUUUGCACAAAAAGACUUCAAUAUAAUCACACUGUCUUUGAAAGCUAGUGCAGUACAUAAUGACUUCAAACUGUGGGAACCCAGGCAUGUAAAGGAUACAUAGUUUUCUUAAUUUAUGUGCCAAAAUAAAAGUGACAAUGACACUCAUCUCUAGUUUUAUAUGCAUCAAAUAGUUCAGUAUUAUUAAUGGUUUGUUCCUUUUUUUAGUAUAAGAAUGCAUGGCUGUGGUUUCCAGUGCCAUAUAUUAUGUGCCAGCCCGUUUGCCAAACAUGUUUGCCAAAGAAGCACAUUUAACUUAUUAUUAUUUGUCUGUGUAGUUUCUUUCAUAUUAGCCAGCAAGUGUGUAAUGUGAAAUGAACAAUCAAAACUUCAAUAAAAUUUGUUCUGCUUAAAAGACACUAGACAAAGCACAAAAAGGUAGAAUGUUAUGCUAUGCGAAUGUUUAUCAAAUACGUUAUUUUGUAUAAUUCUAGAAAUUGCAAAGCAAAAACAAUUUAUUUACAAAAUUAUUUGCUCUUAUGUUUAAAAAUGUUAUGUGAGAUGACAAUUAAGAGUAUCCUAAUUCAGAGGGAUUCAGUUCGGUGCUCUGAAAGUGAUAUUUAAAAAUGAUUUGAUUUAUUUAAAAUGCUGUUUCAGUCAUUGUUAACCUGAAGUUGUUGAUGCUAAUAUGAGAAACAAUAAACUGAAAUAAAUCAGUUUUGGUCAUAAGCAUUCAUUUUUAGAACAUAGAAAGUAUUUUGAUGGACUGCAAAUAUUUGCUUCCUUCUACAGUGUGACUCAACUCAUGAUAUGUUUUGUCCACUUUACCUGAUAAUGAGUGGCAGUAGCUCUUUAUAAACUUUAAUGCCUUUAAUUCUAAAUCUCUGUGUUGUAUUGUCAUGGGAUUUGUAACUUGCAAGAUUCAAAAGGUUGAAUUCCUUUCUUAAGUCAUCAAGAGACCUACUUACUGCCGCAAUCCAAUUUUCUUGUCUCGCUACACACUAAAAGCAUACCAUUCUUAUUUUUCAGAGGUUUUUUGUUGUUGUUAGUACCGCACAUUUAUUGAGUCUUUCCCACUCAUAGAUUUUAUUUGUGCAUUAGCAUUUUAAUAUAUUUUUGUCUUUUUACCUGACUCAUUCUCCCUGCCGUUACAGAGUCCGACUUCCAGGCCUUCACAGGCUGAUCUGUGGCUGUGGCCCCUUCUUACCACCCCCAGAGGUAAAACAUAGUGUAGACCUCUCUGCAGCCCUCUUCAUGAACUUUAGCAUAGUUUUCAGACAUUUCUCCCCACUUUCCAAUAGUAAAGCAGAACACAUUGUUAAUUAAAAAUGUCUAUGUAAUUAUCUGAUUGUUGCCCGUCCCUGCUGUAAAACAUGCCGUGUUCCAGUAAGGAAAAUAUCAAACUCUGUAUAAUUAGAGUCUAUUUUAAUUUGUGCAAAAGAAAUACCAUUAGCAGGCACUACUGUAGACUCAAACCUACAAACAGUCCUCAUAAUAACACUUGAUUCAUCCAUCUGCCCUUAACAGGUGAAGUGUUCCCUGGUGCUCUGCUCUUGCUUUUUGCCCCUCUGUCUUUCUCUCUCUCUCUCUGCCUGGCACACCUGCUGCUCAGAACCUUUUCAAAGUUUUAUUUGGAAAAUCCCCAGGCAACACUACAUAAAGGUCAAUAAUGUACAUGCUAAUGAUGUUUGUGUGUUUGUGUAUGAAUGUGUGUUCAGCCUUAGAGAGGGAAGAUUGGAUUUUUUUUUUUUUUUACAUAAUUAUAUAUUUAUGGCCUGCACUGAUCAGAAAUAGUGGCUGAUGUUUUAUGGACAAAAUUAUUCGGUAUCAUUUUUAAUAAUUAUGAAUGAAACAAUGAAUGUGUAGCAGCACUAUAUUUGAGAAUUUAAAAUCUUCAUAACUUAUGAUAAAGAUUUAUUAUUUAUUCAGAAA